CCUGGCAGGGUUUCGGCCCAUUCAGGGCAGCAGCCCCAGUGAGCUUGGAGCUCAGCACAGAACGGGGGCUCUCUGGGAGCCUCCUAAGGGAUGAGGAUGUUCUGGGGGGACUGCACUCUGGAGGGCUCCCGGGCAUCUUGAAUGAAUAGAUGAACUGCUUUCUGGGCAAACAGCCACAGCCAGAGGACGGUGUGAUUGGGAGACAGAAGUUGGGCAGACACGGUUUUCUGCACAGCCUCGAGGGACUGAAGUCCUGGGAAACGCUUGGAAAGACCUGGGCGGAGACCAACCACAAGAGAAUGGAGGGUGAGGAUUACAACACCUCCCUCGCCUACGAUGAUGAAUACCCCAAUGAUUCCUACCCCAUCGUGGUUUUGGAAGAGGUUUCUUCCAUGGAGGACAGGGUGGCGAAGAUCUUCCUGGUGGUGGUCUACAGCAUCAUCUGUUUCCUUGGGAUCCUGGGCAAUGGCUUAGUGAUCGUCAUCGCCACCUUCAAGAUGAAGAAGUCAGUGAACACUGUCUGGUUCCUCAACCUGGCCGUGGCCGACUUCCUGUUCAAUGUCUUCCUGCCAAUCCACAUUGCCUACGCUGCCAUGGAGUACCACUGGGUUUUUGGGGCAGCCAUGUGCAAGAUCAGCAACUUCCUGCUCAUUCACAACAUGUACACCAGUGUCUUCCUGCUGACCAUCAUCAGCUUUGACCGCUGCAUCUCCGUGCUCCUCCCUGUCUGGUCCCAGAACCAUCGCCGCAUCCGGCUGGCCUACAUGGCUUGUGUGGUUAUCUGGGUCUUGGCUUUCUUCCUGAGUUCUCCAUCCCUCGUCUUCCGGGACACAGCCAAGCUGCAUGGGAAAAUAUCCUGCUUCAACAACUUCAGCCUGUCAGCAGCCAGCUCUUCCCCAUGGCCCACUGAGUCCCAACAGCACAUGGCAGUGAACGUCACCCGCUUCCUCUGCGGCUUCUUGGUCCCGGUUCUCAUCAUCACAGCCUGCUACUUCACCAUCGUCUGCAAGCUACAGCGCAACCGGCUGGCCAAGACCAAGAAACCCUUCAAGAUCAUCGUGGCCAUCAUCAUCACCUUCUUCCUCUGCUGGUGCCCCUACCACACGCUCAACCUCCUGGAGAUCUACCACACCAUUGUGCCCGGCUCCGUCUUCAGCCUGGGUUUGCCCCUAGCCACGGCCAUUGCUAUUGCCAACAGCUGCAUGAACCCCAUUCUGUAUGUCUUCAUGGGUCAAGACUUCAAGAAGUUCAAGGUAGCCCUCUUCUCCCGCCUGGUCAAUGCUCUGAGUGAGGAGACAGGCCACUCCUACUACCCCAGCCACAGGAGCUUUACCAAGAUGUCAUCGAUGAACGAGAGGUCUUCAAUGAAUGAGAAGGAGACUAGCAUGCUUUGAAGCUCAUCUGGGAACCCCCCAGUAGACAGGCCCUCCAGCCUUGGAGGCCAAAAGCUAUGCUUUCUCAAGACCGCAGCAGAAACCUCUUCAGCGCCCACCAGUGCCCACUGUAUUUUGCAUGGGGCUGAGCAGUGGUUUGAGCUGGGAGUCCAGGGAAUGGAACCCUUUUCUUCAAGUGAGCUGGUGGACAGGCCCUGCCAUGCUGCUUACAGCCUGGGACCAGCAUCCUGGGCUUCUUGGGAGACCAGCCUUGACUGACACAAAGCAAAAAAAAGGAAGACUCUCAAAACCACUGCCAUGAACUAGAAUCAGCAUCAGAUGGCAGGAUUAUGCUACCUACUGUGCACAUUCCAGGAAUGCCACAGGCACUCUACAAGGUGCAUUCCUGGUGUGAGCAGAGUUGGUCAGAACAGACCCAACGUGAUGCAGACCAUGCCUCACCCCCUAUACCUACAUCAGUAGCAAGCCAGACAUCCUGCCGCCAAAGCCUUUCCCCUGGUUCAGGGCAAGGGGAAAUGCACAGGUUACCGGGAGAGGAAGGUGAUGUGAGCCAGUCAGCAGCCAGGAUGGUGGAUUUGGCUUUCAGAGCAGCUGGGAAGGCCCAGGAGAGGUCCCAAGGAGCCAUGUAGGCAAGACCAGCAGGGCUGCCCUGAGGACUUCAGGCCUGGGGAGGAACGGGGAAGCAAGACCUUUCACGGGUGCGGCUCCAAGCAGCUCAGCCUACACCUUCCUGGGUGAUGGCUACUCUGGGGGUGGACCAGGCUGCCCUUGCCCCAGGCACUGCUCUCCUCUGCAUUUGCUGCUUGGGGCCAGCCAGGUCACGGCCAGCAGCGACUCCUGCAGCCUCCACCCCAUCACAGGGGUUCCUCCCUCCUUCCCUAAUCCUCUGGCUGGAGGUGCUCAGAAUACUACACCCGGGGGGCAUCUCCUCCUCCUCACCCUCCUCAAAGCCUUGCUGAAGACUAGUCCAAAAUUAGCCUCUGGAGGCAACCCCAGGAGCAUCUUGCCGGGUGAAGAGUGUGGCUACGGGCUCAGUCACUGAACUCAAGCAGAAUCUGGCGUCUGCCUCCUUGAAUUGUGCUCCUGAGAUGCUGACUGUGGUGUACCACUGGCUCAGAGCUCCUUCUGUGGGAAGCCAUGUUCUUUUCGCAUCUAGGAAUGUCACUUUCCUGUGCUAGAGGGCCAUUGUCCCAUUUACAAAUGACAAGGCUGAGGCUCAGAGGAGGGAAGUAACUCCCCCAGUGUCACACAGCUAUCCAGAGGCAUAUAAGAUCUGUACCCAGCUCUGUCUGGUCCCAGAAACUCUGUUCUUUUGUGGAGAAUGUAUCUAUUGAGGAUAUUCUGGGCUAUACUGAUAGCUUACAUAUAUUUAGCACUUCCUAUGGUAAGCACUUUAUAUGUGUUAUCUCAUAUAUUCCUCACAGCAGCUCUGAGUUACAUACAGUUAUCACUUCCCUUUUAUAGAUGAGGAGUCAGGCUCAGAGAGGCUAAGUAACUUGCCCAAGGGCAUCCAGCUGGUCUCUGCCAGAGUCUAGAUUUAAAACUAGGUCUAUCUGGCUCAAAAAAGGCUGCAGAGUCUUGGAGUUUUGACCAUAAAUAUCAAUUCUUCAGUAGGCUAAUGUAAACAUCUUAAUGACUAUUAAGUCGUCUUUCCAAAUAGUUUUGAAAAAUGAUCCAACAUGGCAGAGAAAGUGCACUGGGCCUCCCGCCCCCGCCAGCCCCAUCCCCACGCGCCCACCAUAGCUCCCACCUCUUGCACCACUGACAUCUCCAGGCAAGGCAGUGGGGAGAGGGGCCCGGCAAGAGGCAGCCUCCCGUGAGCCCCUGGCCCUUUGGCCUCCAAGUGUCCACAUUCCGUCUCCUUCCAAGUCCUUUCUUUGUGAAGCCAACACUCCAACAAAAUGCAGUGAACAGAUGUAAUGUCUACACAGCACUGGGCAAGCUCCCCAGUCCACAGGCUGUUUGGAAUCCACACCUCAUUAAGAGACAAACUGUUCCCUCCCUUGCUGGGCCAUUAUGCUUUGGACAAGGCAGCUCUGAACCGACCCCAAGUUGGGGCCUCUGAUUGCUUCCAGAAAUGUAGACUGGGACACUCUGAGAAUGAAAAGGGGAGCUUUAAAUAUUGCCCACUGCCCCCUGUCACUCUCUUCCCCAACUUCAGGGAGGAAGCAACUAAGGCUCAGGAUGUGUCCCAGGUCCCAGGGACAGUCAUCAGCCACUCGGGCCUCCGGCCACCAGGACAGUGCUGCUUCCUCGGGCUUAGCUACUCGCUUCCCAUGGGCUGCAUGCUGGCCAAGCCAGGCCCUGGGGCGCCAGGAAAUCAUGCCGACUUUGGAAAAGUUCUACAACAGGAGCAAAACUGAAGCAAGCUGUUUGCCUACUUAGGACCAGGUGUCCCUUUCUGGCUGCCUCCCUGUCUUCCUGUUCUGAGUGUAGUUUCCCAUCAGAUACUUAAAUACAACCAUGACUUCCCCUUCAAUCUUGUCCCUGCAGCUUCUCCCAAGGACCUACACGGUCACACACCCGCGAAGUCCCCGUGGCUCACGGAGGCCACUCGCCUGAGCUACUCCAUGGCCAGCCAGCGUGUGUGUGCCUGAGAGCCUUCCCUCCGGGGCCAGGACCCAGCGGUGGGGUCUUGAUGCUGCCUUCUGGGUGGGGUGGGUGAUCCCAGGGCGUGCAGGGAAGCAGGCAGAGGGACACGAAGAGAAGAUGCUAUUUGAGACGGGAUGGGGGAAGCCCAAAGGAAAUAGAAAUAAUGAUGAAGGAAAGGACUUCCCUUAUUCAGCAUCUGCUGUGUGUCAGGCACAAAAUCUCAUCAAACCCUCAAAACAAUUGAAAGAAGAGGACCAUCAGACCCACAUGGGUAAUGCAGAAAGGGAGAUUCGGAUGGCAGGCCCCACUUGUUCAGGGUCACACAGCUAGUAAAUGGUGGAUCUGAGCCUUGAACCCAGUGCUUCCCCAGCUCCUGCUACUGGCCUUCCUUUCCCAUUCCUCCCUAGCAUGCUAUGCUCUGGCUGGAUCCGGGUACCCUAGGCCUGUGGAUUUGAAAAACUGCUGCUGUGGGUGAUACCCAGGACUAGGAGAAGCCAGGAAGCCACGUGUCCAACUGCGGAACAAUUCAGUAGGGGGCCUGGGGCUUGCUCCCUUCCUCUCUUGGAGGACAGUGUCUCUUGAAUCAAGAAACAGAAGCAAGAGUGGGGCUCAUUGCUGGAUGUUCCUGCCCCAAACUCCCCCUUGCCUUCCCCGCCCACCUCACAGACUAGCAGGUGAGGCUCAGAGAGGUAAAGGGUCCUGUCCAAAGUCACACAGCUAUGUUGUGAGACGGCAGGAGAAACCCUGAAACUCCAACCUACCAUCCCCCAGCUUUUGGACUUUAAGGAAUCUGCAUUUUGAAAAACAUUUCCUCCACUUAUUUCCUUAGCAACCAAGGAUAAGCGAUGGUGCGUGACCUACCCAAGAUAACAGCAGAUAGGAGCCUGAGACAGAGGACUCCUCGCUCCCUAGUCUGAGCUCUUCAGCACCACCACCCAAGGACAGAGGCCCCCACCCACCCAUCCAUUCAUUGGCUUAGCCAUCUCUAUUUCACCCACUCCUCCAGUCCAUAAAAAUCUAUUUAAUAGGCACUCUGCCAGGCCCCAUGGUAGAAACAGGCAUGCAGGGAUGACAUGGGUAUAUACAGUCUCCAGUGGGACAGACAGCCACCCACUUUGAAAAACACACCCUGAAUGGAAACCCACCCCAGUAAGGGCUCCACACAUGCUGCUGAGGGUUCUGACCCUUUCCAAAGGCCAGGGAAACUUCCUCAGCGAAGAGCCACGGGGCUGACACGGGAAGGAUGGGUAGGCGCAGACUGGGUGGCAGGUGCAGGAGAGAGGCUCCAGGCAGCUGGGCUCGUGCUGGGGGCUGGGGGUGGGGGCGGUCAGGGUGAUGGUGGGAACUGAGUGGGUGGGGGCUGCCGCUGGGCGAGUAGAUAGGAGGGAGACAAGGCAGGCUCGCCCCGAGAUGAAGGGGAAGCCAUGUGCAUGGGGGUGAUGUGCUCAGGCCUGCACACUGAAACUGCUGAUGCCUGGGGCUGCUGGAGGAGGGUGGGACAGGGAGGGGCCGGAGGGGUGCCAGGAGGCCACUGCAGCCUCCAGCUGAGUGCUAUGGCGCCCAGACUUCAGGAGCCAAGGGAGAGAAAUGGACUAUUCCAGGCUAUUUAAAAGCUACCCAAGCUCUCUCAGGGGAGUGGUUAGCAGGAAACCAACCCAGGGCCCAUUUCAGCUGCACAGAGGCUUCCGUGCGUUGCUUUAUUGAUGGAAAUUAAUUGUAAAUAUUAUUCAAAUGUACCUCCCAAUGCACAAUUAUAUUUCUCAGGGGAGCCUUCUGAGCACAUAAUAAGGCCCUAUAAAUAAAACACAUAUUAACCUAGAGGAACAGAGGCAUGUUAAUACUGCAGGUGGUGGGGGCGGCUGUGGGGAAUUUAUGCAGUCAAGACUCCAAGUACUCGGAUUUGGGUUUUAACUUCCAAGGUCACUGGAGUUCUGACCUGGGCAUCCUCCGGAUGUUUCUCCGCCAGUGUCCGCUCUGAGGAGGUGGAAGUGGGGAUUCUGAGAAACUGCUUUCCCUUCCUCACAGCCCUGGCAAUCUUAGGAUUGCUGAGUUUAGAAGAGACUACUUCAUCAAGUUCAGCCCUUCUCAGGCUCCCAUGUGCAGAUGGUGAAACUGAGGCUUCUUUGCAAAUAAGAUCAGGACCUCCUACCACACUGAUUGCUGUGAGAUGGGAUGUGUGUGAAAAUGCCCCCACGAGUCACUCUCUAAAGCAUCAUCGCUCCAGAGAGCUGGGCGUUCCCCAAGCCACCCUCUUCACUUCUUAGUUUGUUGAUAAGGGCUUUGGUGCUUGUCUGCCCUGAAGGACCCCUGCCCAGAAUCUGUGAGGUCACUGGGGCAUUUCCAACAGAAUCCUGGCUGAAGGGGAUGCAGGCGGCUUUAGAAAAACCUGGUGCAGGGCUGAGACAUGUUGUACUGGGGGCAUGAACAUUACCCUGUAAAAUUGUCCUGGAUAUGAGUGAGGGCUGCUGUCCUGACCUAGGUGGUAGUUACGAGGCUGUGCUUAUAAGCAACAAACCAUUUAUCGGUGCAUAUGUGAUUACUGCACUUUAUUGUAGCUAAGUUAUGCCUCAAUAAAAGUAUUUUUUGAAAUAAAAUAAGUUUAAAAAAAUUCAUAG